CAUCUCAGAUUGAAGAUCCUGAUGUGCUCCUACAGGAAGCCGUACGUGUGUCUGGCUCACUGACAGAUAUAGUAGUAGAAACUCAGCGUUGCAAGCACCUUGCUUACCUCAUUGCGGACCAAGGGCAGCUACUGAGUCCUGGUGCUGCAGUAAACUUAUCAAAGAUUGUGCGACGCAGAACACAGCGUAGGAAGUCUGGAAUCACAUCACUCCUUUUUGGAGAAGAUGAUGUGGAGGCACUGAAAGCCAAAAAUAUUAAGCAAACAGAGCUAGUUGAAGACUUACGUGAGGCCAUCCUACAAGUGGCUCAGCAUUUCCAGUGUGUGGAUCCCAAGAGUUGCAGCAUAGACUUGACUCCAGAUUAUACCAUGGAAAGCCACCAGCGAGACCAUGAAAGCUAUGUUGCGUGUUCCCGUAACCAGCGGCGACGUGCCAAGGCUUUGCUGGAUUUUGAGCGUCAUGAUGAUGAUGAACUAGGCUUCCGCAAGAAUGAUAUCAUCACGAUUAUAUCCCAGAAAGAUGAACACUGUUGGGUGGGUGAGCUAAAUGGCUUGAGAGGUUGGUUUCCUGCAAAAUUUGUAGAGAUCCUGGAUGAACGGAGCAAAGAGGUAAUUUUACUAACAUACCUUAUGGCUGAAUCUUGGUCAGUCUCUAGGGUCAACACAUUCUAUUAUAUUUUGGCCCAAAUAUAUCUGAUGCAAAUCAAUAGUAUUCAAAAAGUAAGAAAACCAGAGAAUUAAUUAAAAAUAAUAUAAGAACUAAUUCAAAAUUGGUAAGAAAUAUUUUAAGAAUAACAAGUAAAAAGGCAAAUAGUAGGAAAUUAUUUAGAAAUACUGUAGCAGCCUCACUCAUACACUUAACAAAAUAACAGAGUUGAAGGGACUUUGGAGGUCUUCUAGUCCAACUUCAUGCUCAAGUAUGAGACCCUAUGCCAAUGGUAUAAGUAUACCAUUCCACACAAGUGGCUCUCAAGUCUUUUCUUAAAAGCGUCCAGUAAUGGAACACCCAGAACAUCUGAAGGAAACCUUAGUCAGGUGAUAGAACUUGCUGGCAAUGCAUUUGAUCUCACUGCAUUAU